CCUUCCGGCUCGUGACCUUCCUGUGCCGGUUGACUUCUCCCUCGUUCGGUGCGUCACCCGCCUUCGCUGCAGCCAUGGUGGCGUAUUGGAGACAGGCUGGACUCAGCUAUAUCCGAUAUUCCCAGAUCUGUGCAAAAGCGGUAAGAGAUGCACUGAAGACUGAAUUCAAAGCAAAUGCUGAAAAAGCUUCUGGCAGCAGUGUAAAAAUAGUGAAAGUUAAAAAGGAGUGAUGUAACCUGACAAAUGCUACAUUUUCAAGGUGAAGCUUUUCAGUUAUAUAUUAUGGCAGAUUGGAAACUGAAUCACUUCAUGUUUUGCUUUUGAGAGGAAAACACCUGUCUGUGUAGAUUGACAUGCCAAUAAACUAAGCCCUGAUUCAAUAUAA